AUGUACGUCGCAGACGUCAACCAACAAGACUGGGACGACUAUGCAGAGCGGCUGACGUUUGCGUUGAAUACGACGCACGAUCGACGCAUGGAUGGGGACCCGCGGUCGACGCUUGAAGCUGCUGUAUCGGUGGGAUCGACACGCCGCCGCGAUUGCGAUGCACGGAGAUGGAGGUACCACAUACAGGGACAAUACCGCAGAGCCAGGGAAACAGUCAACGAGAGUCUACGUGAUGCGAUCAAGUCCAGAGCUGACCAGCAUAACGAAAACGUUAGACCACACAGGAUUGAAGAAGGCACACAGGUAUGGCUUUACCUGGAUCGCGUCAAGGAAGGCUACGCCCGAAAGCUCGCACACAUGUGGCAUGGACCGUUCCGCGUCACUGAGCUGAUCGGCAAUCACGCAUCUCAUCUCGAGACUGCAGGCUCAGAGUAUCGAAUCUUCCCGAUAGUACAUAUGUCGAAGCUGAAGCCAGUGCGAUCAUUCCCUGAUCGGCCAAAGGUUGUGUUGAACACCGAAGACGCCGAUCGGGUAGACUUCGACGAAGAACUGCUGCCUGACGAUAGCUGGGACACUCCGCUGGACGAAGACGAAUUCGAGGUGGAACGGAUUGCGAACGUGCGGUCAGGGAGACGCACCCGAUAUGGGCGGGUGCACCGAUAA